CACAGGAGCCAUCAUCAUCAUCUUCCCGACCCUUUGAAAACAAAAAAAACCAUGAGCCACGUCCGUCGAUUCUCUGAAUCAUCCGUAUCCGAUAUCAAGUCCGAAUCUUCCCCUGCCAAUUACUACAGUCUAUGGGUAACCAAGCAUCCCAGCGGUCCUCGGACGGUCCGCGUGAGCCGUAGCUCCUUUGACUUCGGGCUGCGGGCCGGCAAAGGCGGCUUGAGGAGUCUCGGCAUCGGCUCGUUCCUGUGUCCAACCUUGGAAGAGGAAGAGAUGAGCGGGUCCGGAGAUGAGACCGGCCUGGUGGAGAGCGAGAAGACGGACGACACAGCACAUUCUGAUGAGUGUCUGAAAUCGAUCGAUGGGGAUGACCAGCUCCGGAAGGCAGAUGUGACAGCCCCAUCACCCAGACUCCCUAUUCCUCAUCCCCGAUCAACGACUGGCUUGAAAGUGCUCAUCAAGAGACUCUCGCUCUCUCUCCUCAAAACUCGCUCCUUCACCCGCACACGCCCCGAGCCUGAGCUACCCAUCAUCCAUUCUCUCGACCAUCCUGGUCCUUCUAGACUCGAUCCUCAUGCGUUGGUCUUCGGAGACGAAAACCCAGAAAGGAUCGAGCAACGAUCAGUGGAAUUCUAUCAGGCUUUCUUCCCCUCUUUGAUCCUUGAAUGAACAAACCUACGUCUCCUCUUGUCUUCGCUUUAUUAAAACCCGACCCGAUUAAUCAUCUUCCUCUCUUUUCCUUAUCAUAUCAUUCCUUCCUCUUUUCAUAAGAAGAAGAAGAAGAAGAACAAAACUUGUUUGAUGACAAUUGGACAAUUAUUUUCUCCUCCUACAUUGACGUCACAUCGAAAAGAUGGGUUUGUUUAUCUUGCAUCCCCAGCUGGGCCGUCCUCGGCCAUCUUACUCUUAUCAAUCCAUCAUCCGGAGGGAAUAUCUGUAUUUUCCUUUUGAGAGAAGAUCGUUUCUUG